AACCCCAACUUACAAUUCCUUGACUAGCUAAAUGUUGGAAUUAUGUUUGAUUUGUUCUGGUUACAUAAAAUUUAUUAAAUUUCAUAAUGUUUCAGUGAGUAUAUAAAGAUAAAAUCAUACAGAAUACAGUUUUCGUACGCGCAAACCAUUUUUAUCUUUAAAGCAGUGGGAGUGUCGUUAGAUGCGCUGACCUUCGUUUUGAUGCACAACGCACAACAAAGCAUCAAAUUGACGGCUGCCCCAUUUUCACAACAAUCCUUAGAAAUAUAAAGUUAAUUAUUGGUGAAUUGUACGAUAUUAUAAUUUAACCAAGUUAAUGCUGUUUCAAGUGGGAUAUAUGGGGAAAGUUAUAUGAAAAUGGAAACUACUACUACGCAAACACAUUCGAACGGUGUGUGUUUCAGUACAACAGCAAACACUUUCUUUUCUUUUAGGAGAGUGAUAGCGGACGUGGAUAAAUAAAAUAUUGUAAAUAAGUGAAUUUAGAACACCAAUAUGAAUGAGAGGGAUAUUCCGAGUGUCCCUGUAACUACAUUAGCAGGUGUCGCCAGUUUGACAGACCUGUUACCAGUGUUACCCCUCCCUACACCUUUACCAUCAACAUUGAACAAUAAGUCGCAGCUUUUCCAUCCUCGAGUUGCUGAAGAAGCAGCUAUAUUGCUGGCAACACAAGAUGAAAACUUAGUCACCUUAUUAUUACAAUCGCUUAUGCAAACUUCAGUCCAGCAUAUAGACCUAAAAGAUGAAAGCAUACCAAAUGCAGUGAGCCCUGGGCCUCAACAAGCAACUCCUGAAUUAUUAAAAGCAAUCUUACAUGUGAAUCCAAAUGUGUUUGACCAGCAGCAAAGGAACCACUGGGGCAACAAUCACUUGCAUUCUUCUAAAUAUAAUGGAAUGUCCCCUUCUGGUUCAUAUAAUUACUCGCCACACAGUACUGUUAAUUCCAGUCCAUCUUCCCAUGGAACUGCCAUUCAUUCUGCACCCAUUCCAAACCAACAAUUGUUGGCACCUCCAUGCCAGUCCUCACCACAUGUCAAUAUUGGUUCUCCACCAUCACAAUCUAGACCAGGAAUGCAAGUAAACAUCACCGCCCAGAAUAAUGUGUCUCCAUUGUGGAAUAAUGCCAAUGCCUCUAAUGUAUACACAAGCCCUUUAUCAAACACUUCAGGUUCUAACUCUCAAAAUGGUGGUUUUUUCAAUAGUUUGGGACAAGACAGCAGGAACUUUGGUACUAAUAUAAAUGAAGAAAAGGAUCCCCUCUCUAUGUCACCAAGAAAUCAAACUGAUCAACAAAGACUUUUAAUGCAAUCUCAAGAUAAAGCUUUUGAACAAGGCCAAUCCCCCGCACAAGCGAGCGUGGCGCCGUCGCCUCUGAGGCUGGAGCCGCACGUGCCGCAGCCGUCGAUGGGCGCGCCCUACGCCACGCCCUCCGACAAACAGGAACCCAACAGAAGCGCCAAUGUCACUAACAACAGAUACCCCGUCGUUAAAAUUGGUCGGUUAUCUGAGGGAAUAUUAAAGAAACACGAACCAUCAAGUGAAGGACGAUCAAGGAAAAAUAGUACACUUGAAUCGGAUUCUGAUGAUAAUAUUCCAUUAAAAGCGAAAAAUUAUAAUACUACAACAAAUGAAGACAAAGAGAGGGAAGCAAUUGACAUAGCUAGAGAGAAAAAUUGGGAGGCAGUGAAGCGGAAACAUGAAGAAGCUAGCAAAAGGGAGGAAGCUGAAGCCGCUAUUGUUCGGCCCAAGUUACGGAAGAUUGAAAGAAGAUUGGUACCUGUUAUAGAAAUGUUAUCAAUAGAUGAACUGAUGGAAUCAAAUACAUACCAACGGUUCAAUAAAUUAAUUGAAACAGUAUUUGAAACGAUUGACGACGAUAUUUUGAUAACGGAUGAAAUGGAAGGAACAGAUAUUCCUGAAGAACUUUUAUUACCACGUUAUCAACUCCAAGAGUUAUGUUCAGAAGCAGCUAAAUUAAAGAAUCUUAGUGCGAUGGAAGCAAUUCCUUCAGACAGAUUAGUUCGAUUAUUAAGUAUUUUGGAAAAAAAUAUCAGGGCUGCCGAGAAGAUGUCACUUGUUGGAGACCCUGACGAUAGUGAAGAGAUGCGACAGAUAUGGAUGGAGUCCGCCUUAGAAAGAGUGAUGUGCGCUUCGGACGCGUGUCUGACCGCCUUGUACAUAAUGACCUCUGCUAAUAUGCCCAAGCGCGUCUUUCUAGAGGAUGUCAUAGAUAGAAUCAUUAUGUUCAUUAAAUUUCAACUGAAUAACACGAUUUAUUGCGUUUAUGAUCCUGUGUACAGUAUACAAACUACGUCUAAAAAGAAAGUGGACGGGCGGAAGCGUCGCGGCGGUGGCGCGGGCAACGUGUCGCGUCGCAGCGGCACUGGCUCCACCCGCGGCGUGCGCGAGCUGUACACGCACGCGCACGAGAGUGUGACCUUACUGGCCGAGUUACUUCACGCCCACCAUCUCACGGACACCACUGUACUGCACGCGUCCACGGUCGGCGUGUCGCCCUUCUUCGUGGAAAACGUCAGCGAGCUGCAGUUGGCGGCGCUGAAGCUUGUGACCACGAUAUUCACAAAAUACGAGCAACACCGGCGGUUAUUGUUAGAAGAUAUUCUGGCUUCAAUAGCGCGUAUCCCGAGCUCAAAACAUAACUUAAGAUCGUUUCAACUUAGUUCAGAUCAGCACAUUCAGAUGUUGACGGCGCUUGUUCUACAACUGGUCCAAUGUGUCGUCACAUUACCGGAAACGAUAUGCAAGACCCAAGAUAAAGAAAAAGACAAAGAUAAAGAACAAGCAGAGGUUGACAGCAAAAAACAUAUAGACAAAGACCUUUUAAUAAUAUCGAAAUACGAAGCUGCAAUCAGUGUCGGCGGUACAUUCCUCACGUCAUUCUUAAACAAGUGCCGGAGUCGAUCAGAAGAGGUGGAUUUUCGGCCCCUGUUUGAGAACUUUGUACACGAUUUGCUGACAACAGUGAACAAACCAGAGUGGCCUGCCACUGAACUGCUGCUUAGUCUACUGGGAACGAUGCUGGUAAAAUACAUGUCGGACAAAACUAUGGAAAUGCCCGUGAGAGUGGCGUCGCUAGAGUACCUGGGACUGGUGGCGGCGCGACUGAGGCGGGACAGCGUACACUCGCGCGCGAAACUUUCUACCAUGGACGCCGUCGUCAGAGAUAUACGCGCCGAGGAAGAGAAGGACGGCAAUCAAACACAGAAUUUAACAUCAGGCCUUGAUGAGGACGAAGAGAGAACGGAAUUUCUACAGCGCGUACUCCUCGACUAUUUGGCGAUCAAUGGUCAGAAAGAUCAGGCUUGGAACUGCGCGCGACAUUUCUACAUUACACAGUGGUACCGGGAUAUGGUAGUGCAACCGAAAGCGUCCCCCACCAAAAGUAAAAGUAAACAUAAGUCGAAAAAAAAGUACAGCAAAGACGAAACCAGUGACGAAGAAUCGGACGCGGACGAGGACAGUGACGGUGGCGUCAAAGAAUCUAAAGACAAAAAACACUUAACGAGCUCAAUAAUGUCGGCAGAAAAGUACAAAACUAUCGAAAGGCGGAAGACCUUCUUCUUAGAAAAGAUUCGACCGUUCAGGUAUCAGGGCGGCUCGCAGGUUCAAGUGAUGCAAUCGUACAUCGACUAUAGCGGUGCGGAGUUGAUAUCUCAGUACUUAGCGUCGAAGCGGUCGUUCUCGCAGAGUUUCGACCGUUACUUGCGGAAGAUACUGGUGAUACUGUGCGAGAACACGAUAGCGAUCCGGACGAAAGCCAUGAAGUGCCUGGCGAUGAUCGUGGAGGCGGACCCGGCGGUGCUGGCGAGGCCGGACAUGCAGAUCGGCGUCAACCGCAGCUUCCUGGACCAGUCCACGGCCGUGCGCGAGGCCGCCGUCGACCUCGUCGGCAAGUUCGUGCUCAGCCGCCCCGACCUCAUCGACAAAUAUUACGGCAUGCUUUCCAGCAGGAUACUGGAUACUGGCGUAUCUGUACGGAAGCGUGUGAUCAAGAUUCUCAAAGAUAUAUGUAUUGAAUGUCCAGAGUUUCCAAAAAUACCCGAGAUCUGUGUUAAAAUGAUAAGGCGAGUGAAUGACGAGGAGGGUAUCCGGAAGCUAGUGAUGGAGGUGUUUCAGAACAUGUGGUUUAGUCCGUGUGCUAACUCAUCGCGGCCCGGCAAUUUAGAUAUGACGGCCGCUACUGCCGAUCCGCUCACUAGAAAGGUCCUCAAUAUCACAGACGUUGUCAUAUCUUCCAGAGAUAUGGGCUUAGAAUGGUUUCAACAGUUGUUAAUGAGCUUAUUCAAGCCAAAAGAGGACAAGGAUGAUUCUACUAAAAUAAUCUACCAACCGCCUAAAUCAUUAUUAGUAGCAUGUCAACAAAUUGUGGACUGCCUUAUUGAAAAUUUGCUUCAGCUAGAAGAGUCGAGUGCAGAAGGUUCUUCCUCAUCUCAACGCAUUUUAGCGUGCCUUUCCACAUUGCAUUUAUUUGCAAAAAUUAGACCUCAGUUGCUAGUUAACCAUGCCUUAACAUUACAACCAUACUUGAGUUUAAAAUGUCAGAAUCAAUAUGAGCAACAAAUAAUGUCAACAGUAGCAUCAACUUUAGAACUCGUAGUGCCUUUAAUGGAGCACCCGAGCGAAGUGUUUCUUGCGCAGCUUGAAGAAGAUGCAGUUAAGUUGAUAUUGCAACGCGGACAGCUGGUCAUCGCCUCGUGUAUAGCGUUACUAGCGGCGAUAGUCAAUAACCUGACGCACAACUAUAAGCUAAUUAGAGACGUAUUUAAUAAAUAUCACGGUGUGCUUCUACAAUGGAAACAAAGUUGGCAGCGAAACCCAGAUUUAACCCGAUCACUGCCACGGCCGCAUUUUAGGCGGGCGCUGUUUAUAGUGGGCUUGCUGCUUCGAUACUUUGACUUCACAGAGACUAAAGUUAUAGACGGGCUGCCGAGUGAUAUAAAAGAGCAAGUAUAUUCUAAUUUAAUGUUUUUCGUGGGUCUGGAAGACGAGGACUUUGUGACGCAUACGCUAAAGGCGCUCGGUUCAGUUUGCGUUCGGCAUUACGAGUUCAUGUUGCAACCAGAGCUGAAAGAAUUUUAUCACCAAUUACUAACCUCAGACUUAGCGCCUAUAGAAAUGAAAGCCGAUGUACUAAGAAACAUCGAAAUGUACUUACAAGAGGAGGAACAAAGGAUGAUCAGACAGGAUAAGGAGUGGUCAAAGCGAUCGAAACUCGAGAACCUCAAAGAAAUGGGCGACGUAUCCUCUGGUAUGGCAUCAACGGUCAUCCAGUUAUAUUUAAAACAGAUCCUUGGGUCGUUCCUGCACCAAAGCACAGUAGUGAGGUCUAGUGCAAUGAAAGUGGUGCAACUUGUGCUGGCGCAGGGCUUAGUGCAUCCUGUACAGAUUGUACCUUACUUAAUAUGUAUGAGUACAGAUACAGAAGUGACGGUAUCGCACACGGCUGAUAAAAAUUUGCAAGAUAUUGAUAAGAAGUAUCCAGGUUUCAUCCACAUGAAAGCGCAAUUAGGUAUAAAGCUCUCAUAUCAGUUACAGAAGAUAUUGCAAUCAAACUCGAAUGAUGGUGUUAUAAGAGGAUUUAGGAAAAAAGACCAAGACGACCUACCAACAGCUCUCAACGGCUUCUUGUAUUCCUUAUUACGGAACACGCGGCCGCAAAGGAGAGCAUUGGUGUUGUCGUUACUCAAACAGUUCGACGAUGUUUCCACUGCUCCUUUGGAUCAAAUGUUGUACCUGGCAGAUAAUUUAAGUUACUUCCCAUAUCAAGUUCAAGAUGAACCACUUUUUAUUAUACACCACAUUGAUAUUAUAAUAUCUACAUCUGGAUCGAAUUUAUUGCAGCUUUUUCGUGAGGGUUUAUUAAAAACCAGCACGGAAGAGAAGGAGCAAAUGGACGAGGAAGAAGACGACGAGGAAGCCGAGACUCUGCUGUCACGAUUGCCGCCGACAACGAGGCCGCUUCAGGACGCCAUGCGACAAGCUCGCGGCUGCUUGCUGCUGCUCGUUUUGAAGCAGCAUCUGAAGCAGCUCUAUGGUUUCACCGACGCGAAAAUUAACCAAUACUCUCCGUCGGAAAGCGUGAAGGUGUACGAGAAGGCGGUGUCCCGACGGCACGCGCCCAUCUUCUCCCCGAAGGCGACCAUCACGCAGCUCGGGGAGGCCGAGCACGAGCGCGAGCUGGACGACCGCGGCUGCCGGCGGCUCGUUGACGACUAUUUAGAGUUUAAGCAGCUCAUGCUGAAAUUCGAUCCAGAGGAGGAGGAAGACGAGGAGGGGGCGGGCGAGGCGGAGAAGCCGACGAGCGGCGCGCCGCCCGCGCCCGCGCCGCCCGCCGCCACGUAGCGCGCGCGCCGCCGCCCGACUGACGCGCCGCCGCCCACCCGCGCCCUCACGCGACUUUCUGUUUUAUAUUAAACUCUUGUGUGUAGAUAAUUUUUAUUGAGGAAUAUAAACUAUAUGUACCUACUAUGACUUGAAUUUUUCGCCCGCGGUCGCGGAGAGCGAAACGCGCGGACGCGGCGGCUCGCGACGCUUUUGUACAUUCGAACUUGAAUAAUAUGUGUAAUAAUAAUAUUGAAUAAAAGAUUUAUGUUAAUAUUCGAGGGUACUGCAAUAAACUGCAUUUCUUAUGAUAAGGAGACAUUAAAGUUAAAAGGCUAGAUUUUUACAAAAUAUUUUUUUUGUAUUUAUCACCCCGACGACGUUAACUUUCCGCUACGGUUAUUUCAGUACAUA